CAGCAUCACUGCCCGCCUCACGGAGCUCUCUCCUCACUGCAAACGUGAAUGAACUGCUGUAAUGGGGUUCUCGAAGAGGAGCGUUUUCCCCUCGCCUUCUUUGACGCACGGAGAGAAUGCGAAACAUUAAAUAAAACAACACACAUACAAGCUUUUUUUUCAUUCUCGUUAAUUCACCUUUUCAUAAUUAGACGAGCGCAGCCGGUCUAAUAAAAUCCCAGUCUUAUUCCGGACCCUUCACUAACACGAUCAGGAUAACCCAUUUGGUUGCAUUGCUACGGAUCAACGUCCAGCGAAAAAAGGUCAACAGCCUGACCUCCAGUCUGAACAGCUUGAUUCGCUGAAGGGGGUUUGUGUGAAAACACAUCAGAGUCGAUUUGUUUCCACCGUUGCGCAAAUGCCCGCCGGCACGCACCGCUUGAUGUAUUCCAUUUCAGGGCUCUGUCAAUUCUGGGAUUAUUUCUGCCCGCUGAACACGGAUCGUCCGAUCGUCAUCCGGAAUAGUACAAGGAAAGGAGCGCGAGAGGAGUGUCUUCCCUUGACCUUGCCAUCCGCAGAAUGAGCCACCGAUGAGGACCCGACCCUGACCUCUGCUUACCAACCCCCAGUCCAGAACCAUGAUCUAACAGGGACACUCUGGCCACCAUGAAAGGGUUGGGAACCAACCGUCGCCACCUGUCCGACUCCUGCGACCCCACGGCCGCCCCUCAGGAGCCCCUGUACCCCCUGGCCGCCGACCCCCGCAGCCCCUACUUCCUGAGCCCCACCAUGGACCACUACGGCACCCUGGACCCCCAGCACUUCUCCCCCUCCAGCCCCACCUCACUGCCCCCUGAAUGCCUGAUGCCCCUCAACAACCAGAUGUCCAACAGCAUGACCUUCCCCCGGAUCCACUACAACUCUCACCCAGACCAGGGCGACCUCUCCCCGAGCUCCGUGACGGGCGGGGGCAGCAUCGGGGGCAUCCGGACAGGCACGCUGGCCACCUCCGCGUCCAUGGGGACAGGCAUGGGCCCGGGCCUGAGCGGGGCGCACGUGAUCACCAGCGGCUCGGCCACCAUCUCGGCGGGCAGCAAGAUGAACCGGCUCCCCGCCAACCUGCUGGACCAGUUCGAGAAGCAGCUGCCCGUGCAGCGUGACGGCUUCAGCACGCUGCAGUUCCAGCGCGGCCGUGUGUCCAAGCAGCGCAGCGAGAGCCCCGGCCGCAUCCGCCACCUCAUGCACUCCGUGCAGAAGCUCUUCGCCAAGUCGCAGUCGCUCGAGAGCUCGGUCAAGGGCAACGUCAACGGGGGCGCGGCGGGCGCCGACGAGGGCAAGCAGAACCGCCGGAGCAAGAGCAAGGACCGCGCCAAGACGGAGGGCGCCAAGCGGCGGCCGCGCUCCAACAUGUCUGGCCUCUGGAGCUCCGAGGACAACCUGGACAGCGGCGCCGACGCCACCAACUCUGCCACCGCCACCGCCAACUACCGCAACAACCCCAUGGCAAUGAUGACGCUGGGCCGGCCUGUGCCGGACAGCCAGGGCCCAGCCAGGUACUUCCCACAGGGCUACAACACCAUUGGCGGCCACAUGCUGAAGACCUCCAAGAGCAACAACGACCUCAAGUAUCAGGUGUGCCCAGCCCUGCCGGGGCCCGAGGGCGAGGGGAGUGGGGCAGGGGACAACAAGCUGGUCAAGCGGGGCUCCUGGUCCACGCUGACGCUCAGCCAGGCCAGGCAGGUGUGUCAGAAAGGGCUGGCCACCAUCGACAGGUCGCUGCUCAAGUCCAAGUCCUGCCACCAGGACCUGACCUGCCACUACUUGCAGGUGGGAGCACGAGUGCCCCUGGGGGACUGGAACAGCACCCUGGGCCGGACUCGGGGCUCCAGCGAGAUCCCAUGCCGGCGCAUGCGCAGUGGCAGCUACGUCAAGGCCAUGGGGGACCUGGAGGACAGCGAGGACUCGGAGGGCAGCCCCAAGCCCUCACCCAAGAUGGCCGCGCGCAGGCAGAGCUACCUAAAGGCCACGCAGCAGUCCCUGAGCGAGCAGCUCCCGCCACGCAAAUACUGGGAUUUUUCAAUGCUGCAGGACGACCUGGGGGCCUUGUGGUCUCCACUGCAGAGUGUGACUUCUCUGCACCAGCUGGGCAGCUGCCUUCCGUCCUUGCAAGAGCUCUCCACCAAUCGCAGUUUGGACAACCUGGACUGCAUAGAUGGACCUGUUACCUCCCCUUUCCAGCGCUGGAAUGACGUGGACUUCAGCCAGGGCUGCAACACACUGGGCAAGACAAGCUGUACAAGCCAGGUGCGGGAGCCGGAGGGGAGCCGGCCAUACGAGGAUGCCUUCCCGGAGGCCAUAUUCCACGAGGGUGGCCACCGGCCACCGGAGCCCCCGGACUUGCCCCUGCCCACCUGCUUCCGCUCGCGGAGCCACUCCUACCUGCGCGCCAUCCAGGCCGGCUGCUCCCAGGACGAGGACACCGCCUCCGUGGACUCGGACUCGCCGCCGCCCACCACCACUGUCCGCACCUACAGCUCCAGCACCAUCUCCACCUGUAUAACUACCUGUAAGAAGACUCCGCCCCCAGUGCCCCCCCGCACCACUUCCAAGCCAUUCAUCUCAGUGACGGUGCAGAGCAGCACCGAGUCCGCCCAGGACAACUACCUGGACAACCAGGACCGCAAGAGUGAGGCCAACAGCCAGUCAGGACUCAGCAACUCCUCUGACAGCCUCACCAGCACACGGGCCAGCAGCCUGGCCAAGGGCCCCCCCGCCGCUGCCCCCCGAGUGCCCCCUGCCCCCAGCAGCCCCCCCGAGGAACCCCAGCAUGCCAUCCUGAAGACCACCACGUGCGCCCUGACGACAGAGGAGCUCCAGGCUGACCCUUUGCCCAAGAGGAAGCUCUCCUCCAUUGGGAUCCAGGUGGACUGCAUUCAGCCAUUUGAGAAACAGGAAACGCCCCCCUUGACCAGAUUCCAGUCAAUUGGAGUGCAGGUGGAGGAAGGCUGGCAGCUAAGCCGCUCCAGCAGCAUGGCGUCCAAACAGGAGACCGACUUGGACACGCAGGAUCUCGCCAAGCCCUCGGAGAAGCACGUGAUGAACAGCGCCAGCCAGUCGACGGACUCCCCCGUGCACCGGCCCCAGGGCAACGGCGAGGGCGUGGUGCCGCAGGUGCUGUCCAACCGCACGCGGAGCAGCUCCUCCUCCUUCUCCGAGAGCCUGGACCCGGCGCUGGACCCCUCCUCCCUGCCCCCGCCCGACCCCUGGCUGGAGAGCGGGAACGGCAGCGCGCCGCCGGGCCCCGCCCCACCAGGGGCGCCGGCCUGUCGCCGUGACGGCCACUGGUUCCUGAAGCUGCUGCACGCCGAGACAGCGCGGAUGGAGGGCUGGUGCCAGCAGAUGGAGCAGGAGACCAAAGACAACCCGCUGUCAGAGGAGGUGCUGGGGAAGAUUCGGAGCGCGGUAGGCAGCGCUCAGCUCCUCAUGUCCCAGAAAUUCCAGCAGUUCCGAGGGCUCUGCGACCAAAACUUGAAUGUCAGCGCCAACCCACGCCCCACCGCCCAGGACCUGGCCGGGUUCUGGGACCUGCUCCAGCUCUCCAUCGAGGACAUCAGCAUGAAGUUCGACGAGCUCUACCACCUGAAGUCCAACGACUGGCAGCUGGCCGACUCCCCGGAGAAGAAGGAGGAGAAGAAGCAGCCCCCCCCAGUGCCAAAGAAGCCCUCUAAGGCCAAGGUGGCGGCGGGCCGGGAGAAGGCAGGGCAGACGGACCCCGCGGACAAGCAGCGGCAGGAGGCCCGCAAGAGGCUGAUGGCGGCCAAGCGGGCGGCAUCAGUGCGGCAGAACUCGGCCACGGAGAGCGCCGACAGCAUCGAGAUCUACGUCCCCGAGGCCCAGACCCGGCUCUGAGAGAGAGAGGGGGAGAGAGAGAGAGAGAGACUGAGGCAGGGAGGCGGGAGACUGCAGGCCUCGCUCUCGAAGAAACACAUGGGGUAGGCUGGUCCCUGUGGCAGCUCCGAAGGAGGGGAAAAGAGACUACAGCAGAGGAGAGCACACGCAAAAAAUAACAACAACAACGAAAAAACACUCCUUUUAACAUGGCUGCCAUGGAAAACCUCAAGACUUUUAUUACCGUUGUCAUAAUUAAUAUUAUUGUUACUAUUAUUGCGGAAAACUAUAUCGGACUGUGUUAAACGUUCUAAGAUCCGGAAAUCGGGCGUCGCCCGGCACGCGGACUGAGGCGUCAGUGUCGACGCUCCUCUUCUUUUCUCACCCCUCUCCCGCUCCCUCUCUUUUGCACGCCAGCCCUCUGAAUCUGACACAGACACACAGACACACACACGUGCGUUUGCUCCCUAUCGAUCUCUUGUCUUCCUGUCCCUCCUUUUGUUUUACGGCCAACUGUCGCGGCGAGCGUUCCUCGCUCCCCUUAACUCCAAGGAUCAGGUAGUUUCAUGGCUAAGCAGGGAGUUGCAGGGUUUAGGGUUGAGGGUUGGGGGUUGGGGGUCGGGGGGUGGCGGGCAGGUCUCCUGCACCUUCUGGAAUAAACCCAAAGGACCAGUGGUAGUGACCAGACAGAGAGAGAGAGAGAGACCAUGUCUGUCUGUGGUAUAUGUCACUCUCAUAAUUGUCAUUCUGCUUGUUUUUGGCAAACCCGUCCCCAGAGCUGUUUCUCCAAGCCAGCGCUCAUGUCCCUCUCCCUUCAUGUCUCAGUCGUGUUAUUUAUCUUUUCCCUCCCUUUGCCCCGGCCAUGCUCAGCCCUUCUCGUGGCUUGUGGCCUGGUGUCGUGGCAGUCAGUGCAGUGCUCAUUGCCCUGUGUUCAGCAGACUGAGCACACGCGCGACUCGCAUGCUCGGACACACUCUCUCUGAGGUUCAUUUUACUUUGGGGGCCGUUGCAGUGGCCAGUUGUGUGUAAAAAUGUUCCUGUUGACCAUUAGUCUCUGGGCUUUGUUACCAUAAGCUUGACCACUCCCUGCCAUUUCAUUUCUCCAGCUCCAAUAAUGCAGUUCCCAUCUCUGUGUUCCAUCUGGCCCACUCCCAGGACCAUCUCCAAACAGCUUGGGCACUUCAGUCCACUCCACUCUGAGGCCUGGGUCAUCUGAGGCAGUAACUGCUAACCCAGAGCAUCACGUGCCUGCGGUGAAAUACUGAACGCAGUGCUGACAGUUUUAAAAGAGUGCUCAGCUCUUUUAGCGCAGUGCUAUUACUUCUUAAAACAAGCUGGAAGCGAGAGCAGUCUGGCCUCCACCCACUAGCACAGGUAGAAGAUUUAGAGCGUUUUCUGAACCACCGUCUGCGGUCUGUCUGUCGCAGCUUUCAGCAGUGACCAUAAUAUGCAACGACCUUUAGAGAGCUGCAUGUGAGGACAGUGAGGCGAUUGAGCAGGGCUCAAUGUGGACAAAACAAUGCACACUGUUUUUGCUCGUCAUCGUUCCCCUUCGCGUUUCAUUGUCCUUCACCUGUUUCCGUUUUGGAGAAAGCGAUCCGGAUUCGCAGUGUCCGCAGCUGUUCUCCGAAACUCCGCAAGUGUCGUCAGGCGACGGGAUGGCAGAGGCCACAACAGGCAGAGCUUCAAUGCACUCUCUGUCACUGACUGCCGCAAAUCAAAUGGGAAGAGCUUUCUGUCUGUUGGUUCACGUCGAGGAAUCACUGAUGGCAGCGCCAAUUUUCCUGUUUGUGAGCCCUUGCUCUCCCGGCUAGUGCCUGCACGGCAGGAGCGGUGCAUCACCCUCUCCGGACCGGCCCAUUUCCUGUACUGAGUUCCCAUCAUCCGCCCAGCAAUCAUAGAGGCUCAGGGCCUGAUAGGGGCCUCUGUCAGCCUUAUCAGGACUCCAUUAGCAUUAGCAUCCGGUAAUACGACUGCAGUAACACACACAGCACUGAGCUGUUACUGUUAAUAGGAGUAAAAAGCAUACCUGGGGUCAGUUCCCUUUCAGUUCACCUCAUUCAGGACUCCCACAGAAAUUGAGUUAAUUAAAAAGUCUUCAUAGAGAGUGAUGGGCAGUUUUAGGUUCAGUUCAUUCCCUGAAAUGGAGUCGACCCUGAUUCUGGUGAAAAGCACACUGACAUGGCUUAAUUCCAGGUCCUGUCCCUUUUCCUUGACGUUUUGCCACUCCGAAGUGUGUGACCUGGUCUCACAGGCAGCUAACUCAAGACCGCCUAUGGCCCAGCCAGUCGUGAUUGCAGCUGAUAAUUUUUAGUUGAUAUUUCUGGCGAUGUAAUCCUUGAGCCCACAGCAGAGGUUAAUUGCAGAAACAUCAGAAUGGCAUACAGCUGAUGCCAGUGUUUUCAAAUGGCGUGGCAUUGAUGGCAAUUAAAAUUGUUUUUUAACUAUAUAGUAGCAUAAAAGUGUUACAUAGGUGUAGUUAUGUACACAUGUGCAUAUAGAUGCACUUAAGACCUGCAAAAUAUGGAGAAUUCUUAACAUCAUGAGCGCUGUUUCUUUAAGGGUGUCCGCACUUCCGUACUGGUACAGACUCAGUAUUCAGGGCAUUGACCACUAGUUUUAAUGGCGUUUCCCAAGGGCCGAGCACUCCCCCUGCUGGCUAGCAUAUGCACUGCACCCAUUUUGAUUGCUCUGAGAUGCUGUCAGCAGACCCCAGCUGCAGAAGCUGUUUGCUUGGGGCAGGG